AUGGUCUCCACAGCAGGCGGCAUCGUCAUCGCCAUCAUCAUCCUCGCCCUCGCCGGCGCCCUAGCCUGGGUCAUCUUUACGCAGCUGCGCGCCCGCAAGCUCGGCCUCCCCGCGCCCUCCAUCGCAUCCUACAUCCCCUUCUACAAGCCAGACCCCUACGGCUCCUCCUCCUCCUCCUCAGGCGGCAGCGGCCCCCUCGCCACCAUCAAGGGCUGGUUCGGCCGACGCAACGCCCGCUCCGCCGCCGGCGCCUACGAACAGCCCGGCGCGACGGGCGGCGGCGGCAACAACAACAGCAACGCCGCCGGCCGCCGCGGCUUCGGACCCCUCGACCCGGACGACGCCUGGGACGCGCGCGUCGGCCACGAGGCCGACUCGUACGGGCCCUACGGCGCCUACGACGAGCAGGAGCUCGGCGACCGCGGACGCAGCGCCGGCCACGCCUACCAGGCGCAGGUGCACCGCAACGGCGGCGGCAACCCCUUUGACGACGACGCCGAGCCGAGCAACAUUGGUGGCCUCAGGGGGGUGAGUCCCCGGCCGAUUGACACGGGGGCUGCGACGCAGCAGCAGGGGCAGCAGGGGCCCAAGGGUGGGAGUCCGACGGAGAGGAGGUCCAUGUUUAGGGAGAAUGUUUGA